CGUCGCUCGGCGUCUGGCGCAGACAGAGAAUGAGGCCAGUUUCUCGGCCUCGGCUGCACACAUAAAGCCCCGGUGCUGGGCUGGCGCUCGGUGCUGUGCACUGCUCUCUUGCAAGGCUCCAGAAACACGACUGAGAUGGCUGUGGCCGCGCGCGGCUCAAGUUUAUGGGAAUCUUCGCUGCUCAGAUUUAUUGUCGGCAUUCUAUUAUUCCGCCUGAGAAGCAGUUCGGGCGAGCGGAACUUAUUUUUCGAACUUUGCUGGUGCUGUGAGGGUCGAACACUGGCACCGGGAGGUUCAUAACAACACCGAAGAAAUGGACUUGAUAGCUGUUGGCGUCUGUCGCUGAACUGAAAGUGCAGGAAGAAUCGCGUAUUAAAGGUCGUGAAGUUUGGUCCGGGAGGAAUGGAUCUGUUGAGAUGACCUGUGUGAUCCUGCUUUCCCCAAGUCAUCAUUCUGCAAUCAAAAGGAGCGACCCAAGCUGGGACAUGGUUGUCAGGUUCACAUGAUGGACAGGUGAUGGAGUCUUCCAUCAUCUUUCUCCCUCACUGACUCAGCCCCCAGUGCGGCUCCUGAAGCGUCAGAGUGUACCAGCAGUCUGCAGCCCCCCAUUUCUCUGCCAUGGUGACAUAAACGGUGCAGCAAAAUGAGGGAGAGCCAACGUGAGACCGUCUCAUUUCUUUCUCCAGUAGCUGUGGCUGCUGCUUUGAGUCCUUUUGUUUUUCCUCUGACUCCAAGACUCUCUUUGUGGUGAUUAAUCCCUGACCACUGUUUCCCUCCCACACCAAGAGGGACUGUCCCGGAGGCGUGUUGUUGGGCCUUUGGGGCAAAGUGGUGUGGUGUGAGACGAUGCUGGGAUGCGUGACUCGCCUCCGUCGGCUGGUCCGUCUCCUCCCUCUGCAGACCUUCCUUCUCAUCCUCUUCCUCUUCUGCACCGUCAGCGUCUUCAUAUCGGCCUACUUUCUAUAUGGCGUCAAAAGGGAACUGGAGCCGUCGGGAGGAGGCGUUUCAGGUGCGGAAGGGGCCUCGGCGGAUUCCGAUGACCUCAGGGUCAUCCCAUCCCGGCUCCUGCCGUUGCACGGCGUCUCAGGCGGCCCCGGGAUGGACCCCGGAGGGGCCAGGACAGAUCCUGUGGUUUUGGUGUUUGUGGAAAGCCAGUAUUCUCAACUGGGUCAGGAGAUCGUGGCCAUAUUGGAGUCGGGCCGAUUCCGGUACCGGACUGAGAUCUCUCCCGGUAAAGGAGACAUGCCCACACUGACAGACAAAGAGAGGGGGCGUUUCACACUGGUCAUUUACGAGAACAUUCUCAAGUAUGUUAACUUGGACGCCUGGAACCGGGAGCUGUUGGACAAAUACUGUGUGGAAUAUGGAGUCGGCAUCAUUGGCUUCUUCAAGGCCAAUGAGAACAGCCUGCUCAGUGCUCAGCUGAAAGGAUUCCCCCUCUUCCUCCACUCUAACUUGGGCCUGAAGGACUGCAUGGUCAACCCCAAGUCCCCCCUGCUCUUCAUUACCAAAUCAGGACAGCCGUUGCCAGGACCCCUUCCCGGCGACGAUUGGACGGUGUUCCAGUCCAACCACUCCACAUACGAGCCGGUGCUGCUGGCAAAAACCCAGUCAGCCGAGAGCAUUUCCACAAUGGGACAGAAUGUUGCCCUGCUGCCGUCUGUGGUGCAGGACCUGGGCCUUCACGAUGGGAUCCAGAGGGUGCUUUUUGGGAAUAACUUGGUCUUCUGGCUGCAUAAGCUAGUGUUCGUCGACGCAGUGGCCUUUUUGACUGGGAAGAGACUCUCGUUGUCUCUGGAGCGGUACCUCCUGGUGGAUAUUGACGACAUCUUUGUCGGAAAAGAAGGCACCCGAAUGAAGGUGCCGGAUGUGAAGGCCCUGCUGGAGACGCAGAAGGAGCUGCGCACGCAUGUGCCCAACUUCACCUUCAAUCUGGGCUUCUCAGGGAAAUUCUUUCAUGCUGGUUCUGACGAGGAGGACCUGGGAGACGACCUGCUGCUCUCCUAUGUGAAGGAGUUCUGGUGGUUCCCUCACAUGUGGAGCCACAUGCAGCCUCACCUCUUCCACAACCAGUCAGUGCUGGCAGAGCAGAUGCUGCUCAAUAAGAAGUUUGCGAUGGAGCAUGGGAUUCCCACUAACAUGGGGUACGCGGUGGCGCCCCACCACUCGGGCGUCUACCCCGUCCACAUCCAGCUGUACGACGCCUGGAAGAAGGUGUGGGGCAUUAAGGUGACCAGCACAGAAGAGUACCCCCACCUGAAGCCUGCACGCUUCCGCCGAGGUUUCAUCCACAGCGGCAUCAGUGUGUUGCCCAGGCAGACGUGUGGCCUUUUCACGCACACCAUCUUUUAUAAGGACUACCCAGGCAGUCCCAAUGAACUGGACAAACUCAUCAACGGAGGGGAACUCUUCCUCACUGUCCUGCUGAACCCGAUCAGCAUCUUCAUGACCCACUUGUCCAACUAUGGCAAUGACCGCCUGGGCCUCUACACCUUUAAGAGCCUGGUGAUGUUCCUGCAGACCUGGACUAACCUUAAGAUGCAGACUCUGCCACCGGUGCAGUUGGCCCAGAAAUACUUCAGCCUCUUCCCGUCUGAGAGGGACCCCCUGUGGCAGGAUCCUUGUGAGGACAAAAGACACAAGGACAUCUGGUCCAAAGAGAAAACGUGUGACCGCUUCCCCAAACUAUUGGUCAUCGGGCCUCAGAAGACAGGCACCACUGCCCUCUACUUGUUUCUGGGGAUGCACCCGGACCUGACCAGUAACUAUCCCAGCAAGGAGACUUUUGAGGAGAUCCAGUUCUUCAACGGACACAACUACCACAGAGGCAUUGACUGGUACAUGGAGUACUUCCCCCUGCCCUCCAACACCAGCUCAGACUACUACUUUGAGAAGAGCGCCAACUACUUUGACUCGGAGGUGGCGGCUCAGCGAGCGGCGGCUCUUCUGCCCAAAGCCAAGAUCAUCACCAUCCUGAUCAACCCGGCGGACAGGGCUUACUCCUGGUACCAGCACCAAAGAGCCCACGACGACCCGGUGGCGUUGAAAUAUUCCUUUCACGACGUCAUCACGGCGGGUCACAACUCUCCAGUCAAGCUGAGGGUCCUUCAGAACCGCUGUCUGGUGCCGGGCUGGUACGCCAUCCACCUGGAGCGCUGGCUCAACUACUACCACUCCAGCCAGCUGCUGGUUUUGGACGGGCAGAUGCUGAAGACAGAGCCGGCGUCGGUCAUGGAUAAAAUACAGAAGUUUUUGAGUCUGACAAAUGUCAUCAACUACCACAAGAUCCUGGCGUUUGACCCCAAGAAAGGAUUCUGGUGUCAACUGCUGGAGGGUGGGAAGACAAAGUGUCUGGGGAAGAGUAAAGGACGGAGGUAUCCCGACAUGAACCCUGAGUCCCAGGUGUUCCUCAGGGAGUACUAUCGGGACCACAACAUUGAGCUCUCCAAGCUCCUCUACAGGAUGGGUCAGGCUCUGCCCGGCUGGCUCAGAGAAGAGCUGGUCCACACCAGGUAGCAGCACCAGAGAGGGAGAGACUCCACACAGUCCAUCACUUCUCUGACGGGAGCUCGUAGAUCCUGAAAGACUCUGUCAGAGACAGGACGAUACAGAGCCGAUCACGCCCCUGAUGAAGCGUCCUGCAGGACUACUGAAGCCACUACCUGAAGAAGAGGCCACUUCCAGGACUUGUUUUGGUUCUUAAAUAGCGAUCACCCUCCGCUCUUCAGUCUGACCUUCUCUUCUGUGCAUGAGCUUCAUGUUGAAAGUCACAGUUGAAACAUCUCGACCAAGCACGCAACCAAAUCUGUGUCCGACGCACAUAAACUUUGGCUUCCUGGUUGUCGUUCUGAGAGCUGUUUCGAAGAGUUUGAGUGAGAUGAACGGACUCCGGCUGUCGCAGCCUUACCCGACAGGCCUAUAGUACUUAUUCACUUUCAAGUGCCAGGACAGCAUCUUCACAAACAUGUGGACUUUUUAAGAAACAUCUUUUUUUUCUUUUACUUUUUAACAGUUGUGCGAUGCUGGUGAUAAUGUAUUAUUGUAGAAUGUACCAAAACUAAACUAGAAUCCUUCACAGCAAGUGCAGUGAGCGGGUUGGUGACAGAAGCGCGGGGGGGGACAUGGGGACAUGGAGCGUAAGGAAAGAUGCUUAAAGCACAAUAUUUAAGACGUAAAGGUCAGUCCUGAUCGUACUGGUCACUGGAAGCACAUUCGCUAAAAAUGGAUCCUCUUUCAGUCUGUGAACAAGACCAUAAGCUAGCUGCUGUGUGUGGAGGAAGCAUUCACAGCUGUUCAGUGUACAGAGCAUUUGAAUUCUGUUUACAGCAUCGGGGUUUCUCAACUUCCUCUUUAGUUCCAUGUGCUACACACCUUAAGUUGGGCUAGAAAUCUGUCUCUGGGAAGAAGAAGCGGCUAACACGGCAACGGUGAGAUCUUAUUUGCUGUUACCACUUCAUAGAUGAUAUAACGCUGCUCUUAUCGCAAUAGUUUUGUACGAUGUUCUGAUGUAAUAACGAUGCACAUGGUGGUCUUUUUGUUUUUGUUUUUAAUUUCCUGACGUUGUAAUGUACAGAACAGGCAGCCGAGGUAAUUUCCACAGCGCCACGGUGACGUGUGGAGCUGCGUUGAUUGUUUCCUCUCACUGCCAACUGUUGUUCAGAGGUACCCAGUCUCUCCAUAUGAGUAUUGAUAACCGCAACGAUGGUACUAAUAUCCUGGACUCAUAAAGAUUUGUAAUUGUUGUCGAUAAUUUUUACAGUGUAACUAAUAUUGUCGGUGCUUUUUAAUUUGCAAAUAAAACACCACUGUAUUUUUCA